AUGGCAGAGCUAAUUAUAAAGCCGUUUCUUUGCGAAGCAAUAGAAAAAUCAUCGUUGCGUAUUGAAUGGGAAAAAUGGCUCCGAGCGUUUGAAAUUUAUUUAGAAUCUGAAGAUAUCGUUUCAGUAAAGCAAAAGAAAAACAAACUUUUACAUUUGGCAGGUACGCAAGUGCAAUCCGUAGCUUACUCUUUGCCAGGUGCGAUCGAAGCAUAUAAUGAGACAGCUAAGAACGAUGUCUAUCAAGUUUUAGUUGAUAAACUAAAUGCUCACUUUUCUCCAAAGCAAAAUUCUAUUUUCGAAAGACAUUUGUUUAGAACUAUAUGUCGCACCGAAGGUGAAACUUUUGCAAAAUUUGUUUUAAAAUUACGUCAGCAGAUAAAUAAAUGUUCUUUUGGCACUACAAAACAUGAAAUUGAAGAAAUCUGCCUUAAAGAUAAAAUUAUUGAUGCAUGGGCAUCAAAAGAGCUCAAGAAGAAACUUCUUGAAAAAGAACGUACUUUGGACGAAGUCAUUGCGGCGUGCCAAGUAGAUGAACAAAUAAAUCAACAAUCAGAAACCAUGAUAUCUGACACAGAUGGAAUUAGUUCAGUUAACAAAGUUAAAUACCAGGCACGGGCUUCGUUUGCCCAAGGUGGUGAAUGUGGUAGAUGUGGUCAAAAUAGCCACGCUGAUAAUAGCUCGUUGUGCCCAGCUAAACUAAUAAAAUGUAAUAAAUGUGGUCGCGUAGGGCAUUUCGCACGGAAAUGCAGGACAAAUUUAAAACGACAUUCUACCCAAUCUAACUUUAAAAACUCAAAACGUAAAUAUAAUAACAUUCGUUUGGUUAGUGAUGACGGUUGCGACGCAGAUAAACCUAAACUCGAAAGUCACUGUUUUAACAUAUUAAGUGACGAUGAAGAAGAGACAAUACAAGUGAAAAUUGGGGGUCAUUCGAUCUCCGUAAUAAUUGAUUCUGGGUCUCGGUUUAAUCUGGUAAGUCAAACUGACUGGUUGCAUUUACAAAAAGCAAAAGCUACGCUUUUCAACGUUCGCUCAAAUACCCAUAACCAAUUCAGAAGCUACGCCUCGGACCAAUUGCUUAAGGUAAUGAGCGUUUUUGAGGCUCCUAUAUCUGUUGAUAACAAUCCCGAGAUGAUUGCCUCAUUCUUCGUUAUUGAGAAUGGGAAACAAUCACUGCUUGGCCGUGAAACGGCAAUUAAACUGAACGUGUUACGACUUGGUUCCAACCUAAACCAUAUUGAGCCUGUGAAACCAUUUCCGAAAUGGAAAGAAGUUGUACUCAAACUUUCCAUUAACCCAGAGAUAAAACCUGUACAACAGCCGAUGAGACAUAUUCCGGUAGCUUUGGAAGAAAAAGUGUUGGCUAAACUUGAUGAAGCACUAAGCCUAGACUUAAUCGAACCGGUGAUAGGUCACAGCCCCUGGAUAUCACCGAUGGUAUUAGCUUUUAAAGAAAACGGCGACAUUAGAAUAUGUUUGGACAUGCGUUUGGCAAACAGAGCAAUUUUACGCGAAAAUUAUCCGCUUCCCACCUUCGAAUCGUUUAUGACGAAAUUGAGAAACGCCAAAUUUUUCUCUCGGUUGGAUCUUAAAGACGCUUAUCACCAACUCGAGCUUCAUGAAACCAGUAGAGAAAUCACAACGUUUAUUACGCCUCGAGGACUUUUUCGCUAUAAACGAUUAAUGUUUGGAAUUAACGCAGCGCCAGAAAUUUUCCAAAGAAGGUUAGAACAGCAAUUAUCACCUUGUUCAAACGUUAUGAACUAUAUAGACGACGUCAUUAUUUUCGGUAGUGAUGAGAAGGAACAUGACAAAAAUGUUAAUGAAGUCUGCGAAAUUUUCAAAGCAAACAACGUUCUGCUAAACCAUCAGAAAUGUAUUUGGAAAACAAACAAAUUAAAAUUCCUUGGUCACAUUUUAUCCGACAAGGGAAUUGAAGUAGACCCAGAGAAGAUAACGACGAUAACCACAUUUCGUGACCCGGUCACUAAGGAAGAAGUUCGGAGUUUUCUAGGCCUGGUAACAUAUGUAGGCAAGUUCAUCCCGGAUUUAGCCACUCGCACCGAGCCGCUGAGACGUCUUCUCAUCAAAGAAAACAAGUUUGUGUGGGGCAUGGUCGAGAAGAAUGCAUUUGAAGAUCUUAAACUGAGGUUGGCGGAAGUCACUAAGUUGUCGUAUUUUAAUCCAAACAAAAAGACACGUUUGAUCGCUGAUGCUAGUAAAGUGACAUUAGGAGCUGUACUGGUCCAAUUGCUAGAAGAAACGAAGCCAAACAUUAUAUCAUUUGCUAGUAGGAGCUUAUCAAAAGUAGAGCAGCGAUACUCCCAAACAGAGAAAGAGAGUCUAGCCUUGGUGUGGGGAGUUGAAAAAUUCUACUUCUACCUAACAGGCCUCGAAUUUGAACUAGUCACCGACCACAAACCACUGGAAGCAAUAUUUAAACCCACAUCAAAACCACCAGCCCGGAUCGAGAGGUGGCUUCUGCGUUUGCAAGCAUACAAAUUUAAAGUAAUUUAUAAAACUGGAAAAGAAAACAUAUCGGACGUUUUAUCCCGGCUUUGUCAACCAGCAGAAGCGCAAUGUUUUGACUUAGAGGGAGAACACAACAUCUUGCGAGUCAUUGAAAAUUCUAUUCCUGUGUCGAUGUCCAUCUCAGAAGUGGCAGAGGAAAGCACGCGCGAUGAAGAAAUUAUCGACGCAAUGUCAUGUAUGGAUAAUAAUUCUUGGGAAGCAGCAUCUUCAAAUAAGUUGUAUCCGUUUAGAUUUGAGCUUUCAACUGUAGGCCAGAUUCUGUUGAGGGGGACACGCAUUAUUAUUCCGGUCACAUUGCGUCAGAAAGUUCUUGAAUUGGCACAUGAAGGUCACCCGGGGGAGUCUGUUAUGAAACGUCGGUUACGAUCGAAGUAUCAAGAGAUUUAA